AUUUGCUGCAAUAUGUAGAACAGGAGAAUCACUUGCUGGCUGCCAGGAGAGCAUUUGACAAAUUUUUUACGCACUACCCAUAUUGCUAUGGUUAUUGGAAAAAGUAUGCAGAUCUUGAAAAGCGCCAUGACAACAUUAAACAAUCAGAUGAGGUGCGUACAUCACAGAAUGAAGUUAAUACCAUUAGGUACUGUAAGCCAAAUAACAAGAAAACUUUUUUUUUUUUUGGCUGGCAGUACCUACCAUAUAUGCUCAAAUAGUUUAAUAGGGUAUUUUAUUUGCAUUUGUCACUCUUGUGGCAUUUGUAGCUAAUAUUUUCUCUCUUUGUUGGCAGGUGCGUAAAACCUCAACAGUUUGUCAAGCUUUGCAGUGCAAGCCUCUGUAUUACACUGCAGCUUAACAAGUAGGGCAGGGCUUUUCUCACUUACAUUUAUUUCUCAUUUUCCAAAUAAUAUAGUUGGUUUGCUAGUCACAUUUGCUACGUCUUAUUGCAUUUUUGGUCAGACGCUGUCAUUGAUGCUCUAAUGGGUCUGUGCCCUAUGGUCUGUACCCCAAAGCCUGCCCACACAACCCGGUCAGAAUGCAGGGACUGCUGCGCUUUGAAGAUCAAGAUUCUGCACGUGGGGAUCAGAACAUUGCCAUGUUCUAUCCAACCUCCACCCAAAUGGUUUAUCGGCGAGGGCUUCAGGCAAUACCUCUUAGUGUUGAUCUUUGGAUUCAUUAUAUAAACUUCUUAAAAGAAACAUUGGACCCAGAUGAUCCUGAGACAAAUAAUACAAUAAGAGGAACUUUCGAGCAUGCUGUUUUAGCUGCAGGAACAGAUUUCCGAUCUGACAGAUUAUGGGAAAUGUACAUAAACUGGGAAAAUGAACAGGGAAAUCUGAGAGAAGUGACAACUAUAUAUGAUCGUAUUCUUGGUAUUCCAACACAGCUCUAUAGUCACCAUUUCCAGAGGUUUAAAGAACAUAUACAGAAUAACUUGCCUAGAGAUCUUUUAACUAGUGAGCAAUUUAUUCAGCUACGAAGAGAACUGGCUUCUGUAAAUGGACACAGUGGUGAUGAUGGCCCUCCUGGUGAUGAUUUGCCAUCUGGAAUUGAAGAUAUAACUGACCCAGCAAAGCUGAUCACUGAAAUAGAAAACAUGAGACAUAGAAUCAUUGAGAUUCAUCAAGAAAUGUUUAAUUAUAAUGAGCAUGAGGUUAGCAAAAGGUGGACCUUUGAAGAAGGUAUUAAAAGACCUUAUUUCCAUGUGAAACCAUUGGAAAAAGCACAACUGAAAAAUUGGAAGGAAUACUUAGAAUUUGAAAUUGAAAAUGGAACUCAUGAACGUGUUGUGGUUCUCUUUGAAAGAUGUGUCAUAUCAUGUGCCCUCUAUGAGGACUUUUGGAUUAAGUAUGCCAAGUACAUGGAAAACCAUAGUAUCGAAGGAGUGAGACAUGUCUACAGCAGGGCUUGCACUAUCCAUCUUCCAAAGAAACCCAUGGUCCACAUGCUAUGGGCUGCUUUUGAAGAACAGCAGGGUAAUAUUAAUGAAGCAAGAAGCAUUCUAAGAACAUUUGAAGAAUGUGUUCUAGGACUGGCAAUGGUUCGCUUGAGAAGAGUAAGUUUAGAGAGACGGCAUGGAAAUAUGGAAGAAGCUGAGCACUUGCUUCAGGAUGCUGUUAAGAAUGCCAAAUCAAAUAAUGAAUCCUCAUUUUAUGCUAUAAAAUUAGCCCGACAUCUUUUCAAGAUACAGAAGAACCUUUCAAAAUCCAGAAAAGUACUCUUGGAAGCCAUUGAGAGAGACAAAGAGAACACAAAAUUGUACCUUAAUUUACUUGAAAUGGAAUAUAGUGGAGACCUCAAACAAAAUGAAGACAAUAUCCUCACCUGUUUUGACAAAGCUAUACAUGGUUCAUUGCCUAUUAAGAUGAGAAUUACAUUUUCUCAACGAAAAGUGGAAUUUCUAGAAGAUUUUGGUUCUGAUGUGAACAAGCUUCUGGAUGCUUAUGAUGAACAUCAGAUACUUUUGAAAGAACAAGAUUCUUUAAAAAGGAAAGCUGAAAAUGGCGCAGAAGAGCCAGAUGAAAAAAAAGUACACACAGAAGAUGCAGCUUUAGCAUCUACUCAGAUAAUUGAUGGAGAUAUCCAAGCUAACCAAGCUGCAUAUAAUUAUAGUGCCUGGUAUCAAUACAAUUACCAGAAUCCCUGGAAUUAUGGACAGUAUUAUCCUCCCCCUCCGACCUGAUGAAAAAAAAGCAUUUUAAUAUUUCAUAAUUGCUGUUGUCUGGGGGGGGAAACAACUUUUUUUUUUAAUGAGGGGUAUGAACAAAACUUAAUUUGGUAAUAUUUGAUAAAUUUGUCUUCCCUGUUCACAUGUGACAUUGGGAUGAUAUUUCACUGAAUAACAAAUAACAAUACUGUUUAUUACUUUUUGAGGAAAAUUUUUUUUUUUUAUUUUUGCAUUAAGUGGUCUAGAAUUCUCUCAACAUAUUUGAAACCAAGUCUAGUAGCCUUAAGGAGAAAAAAAAAACUGACAGUUAUGUCAGUAGAGCAAGUAAUUCUGAAUAUAUGUAAGGGCUGGUUAUUUAACAUGUAUU